GCCCAUCUCACCUUUAAACCUGUACCAUGUCCUUGCAUCGACAAGCCAUUCUCCUCUCUACGUACCACUUGCCCCUCACAGAAGGAGGGUAGCCGCUUACUAUUCGAGUCUUGCACGUCCCAACCAACCUAUGGUGUCGACCGGAACUCACCAGGAUACGCGUCAAGCGGACGAAUCGAAAGAUGAGAAGAUACAGGUAGUCCCUUCUUCAUGAGACACAUCGUCACGACGAAUUAACAUAUCGUCAAAGAGAGAUCUGCGACUCAAGUUGUUCUGGCAGCCUCAAACUGAAAAUCCUGAUACGAUAACGCUGUUGCGUCUUCUGCGAGCCUAUCAUAGCUUCUCGAGAAGAUUUGCUGCUUCGUUGUUGUGUAAUUCAAGAUGUCAGACAGGGCUGCCGGCUUCUUUACGUACAACUCUCAACUUGACGCCUUUACCCUCUACCACCUCACGACCGAAGAGCAAUAUGCGGCGAAAGCUGGAGGCGUCAUUGGACCGGUGCUUCCGGCCUUGGGUCAUGCUUUAGCUGGAGGACUUGCGAGUGCCUUGUCGAAGGCUGCUGUUUACCCGAUUGACACGAUAGUCACUCGAAUGCAGGUGCAGAAGCAUCUCAAGGGCGACAAAGAGGCUCCCAGCGCAGCCGGCGACGCUAAUGUCUUCUACCAUAAUCCUGUGGACGCAGCCAACAAGAUUUAUAAGAAUGAAGGAGGCUUGAAGGGAUUCUAUGCUGGCUUAGGUUCAGACGUGGUGAAAGCCAUCGCAGAUUCCUUCUUGUUCUUCUUGGCGUACAAUGCCGUCCGAGAUCAGAUGUUGAAACGGGAGGGGGCAAAGCGAUUGCCAGUCCUGAAGGAGUUGAGUGUGGGAAUCAUCGCUGGAGCACUUUCAAAGGCCGUCACGCAGCCCAUUUCGAACAUUGUCGUGAGACAGCAGACUGCGGCUCUGAUAGCAGCUAGAGAUCCGGAGUCUUCUUCCACGCCAGGAGAGGCCGAUCAAGUCAGCGUAAAGGAAAUCGCCCGACAGAUACGGAACGAGAAAGGUGUGGCUGGGUUUUGGGCCGGUUACAGUCCACAGAUCAUCCUCACGCUCAACCCAGCCAUCACUUUCGCUGUCGACAACCUGUUGAAAGGCCUAGUACCAAAAGCCAAACGCGACAGUGCCAGCGUCACUUUCUUGGUCGCUGCCAUAUCCAAGGUGGUGGCCACUUCACUUACUUACCCGGUCAUGCUUGCCAAGUCGCGAGCGCAGGCAACUCGGGGCUCGUCAACUGAGACCGAAGCCUCCGAACAUCACGUUUCCGCCAAGAACAGUGCUGAUCGAAAGGCACAAGUCAAGCAAGCGAUCCAAAAAGUAGCGCAGCUUCUCGAAGGCCAGACACGAAUCUUCGUCGCUCUCCAGAAGAUCUACCGAAAGGAAGGUAUUGCGGGACUGUACUGUGGACUGGAAGGUGAAGUUGUCAAGGGUUUCUUGCAGCAUGGAAUCACAAUGGCAGCCAAAGAUGGUGUCCAUGUUGGUGUUGUUCAAUUGUACUACAUUGUCCUUCGCUUGACGAAGCGGUGGGACGCAGAGCUUGCCAAGGCUCAAUCACAGGCUGCAGAGCUCGCAAAUGAUGCCAAACAUAGCAUCGAGAAUGCUACGAAUGUCACGGUUGAGGCGGCGAAGAAGGCUGUAGGGCAGUAAACAGGUGUCACGAAGGUUGAGGCUGCAAAAAAUGUCUUUCAGGUACCUAAGCAGGGGGAACAGGUGUAACAAAAUUGGGAACUUUUGUAAUGGGCGUUUCGAGCAGGCGAGAUACCUUGUACGAGUGCGUUGUUGUUUCAUUGCCCGUUGACGAGCCACGUAAUGACAACGAAAAC